CUUCCCUCCCACGAGUGUGUUAUGUGCUACAUAUUUAACUGCUUUGGAUGGCUACUCGACUUAAUACAGCGGGUUAUCACUUUCUUCCUAGCAUGCUGGAUGAGCCUAGCCAUAUGCAUCGGACUGACGGUCGCAGCCGUGGCCGGCAUCGCUUACGGAUACAACUACCAGAUGGCCGAGUUCCUUACGUUCACCAGAUCCGACGUGACAGUCUACAUGAGACGAGGUCAAUUCUACGACAGGCCAGACGUGAAACCAAGGUAUAUCUCUAGAAGAACAGGUGAUGAAGAAGAAGCUUUUCCAGCUCACGCAGGUGGCGAUGAUGAUUACAUUGCAAGGGACAAGGUAGUCCCUGACUCCGACAACUCCAAGCCGCUGCCAGCCUCCUGGGGCGGCAUCAGGGGCGUGCACCAGUUCGCUGAUAAGCUGUACAAGUAUACCACUGAGGCGAGGAGAGUCAUAUUUGAAGAUAGCGGUGUGCAGGCUGAUGUUUCUACUGAAACACAGCCAUCUCCGCGAGAUUACUACAAACUGACCGCAUCACCAUCCCGCCUCAUCACCAAACUCAUAUCCAUAACACCGAACGUUGCCAUCUCCACUGCCAUCUGGAAGAGUGGUGACGCCAAGAUCAUCAUGAGGAACUUCCAAAUAUCCACCAUGAAGGAUAUGGAUUCUGACUCGUAUAAGGCAUACCAUUCUGAUUAUAUCGAAAAAGAUGAACAGGAGGAAACGAGAAUAUAUCACAAUAGAGAGGAGAAAGAAAAUAAAGAAAAUAAGAACUUGCCCAGAAAACAGAAAGUCCACAGAAUAAGACCAAUUAUUACACCCGACUUGCGGUUACGUGAUGAGUAUGAACCCACAAGAAGUGAACCUAGGUUGAAUAUGCGCCAUUGGGGUCCAACCACCACUCCGAUCUUCCAAGACUAUUCAGAGGACGUGGAUGAAGACAGGAUCGUUUACAAGCCAGGGUGAACGUUUAAAUUUCGAACGAGUUUACUUUUUAAUACUUAGGCUGCUUUUCCACCAAAGAUGUGCAGGCGAUCGGUUUCUAACUCCCAUAUCUAAGUUACUACCGUUCCAUUAUUCAGUGGUAUUUUAAUAGUUCUUAUAUGAGUUAGUGAAA